UUAGGUAGACGAGACAGACAGGCAGACGCUGACCAUCACCAAGCCCUUACUCAGCCACUGGACUCGAACAGACCCACAGGCACCGGCAUCUACACUUCAACCGGAUCAGACUACAAGAUGGGACUCCUGAGUGUCGAGGAGCUGGUGACCAGUAAGAAGUGUGACGACAGCGACGCGGUUGACUUUCAAGGAGGGAUCUAUGAGGCAGCUGUCAAUCAAGAGAAGCAGGAUGACCGCGGGUCCCGCGGGGAGCUGGUGGGCGGGGCUCUGUUGGCGCACAGCGGCGGCGGCCGCGGGCAGGAGGAAGUCAGCGUCGCCGCUCUCAACAUGGACAAGAGCGGCAGGCUGAAGCUGGAGACGGUGGACGACCUGUUUAACAUUCUCCAGCUGAAGAAGAGGAGGAGGGAGAGGAAGGCCCCGGCGCAUAAGAAGCAGCCUGAGCCAGAAGUUAUUCCUGAGCUUGUGGAGGAGGAGACGUUCCUCACAGCAGUCAUGGAGAACAAACCGGCCGUGGUGGAUAAGUACCUGGCAGACGGCGGAGACCCCAACGUCGCUGACCACUUUCAGAGAACGGCGCUGCACAAAGCCUCCUUCAAAGGGAACGUGGAGAUCAUCAGCAGGCUGCUGGAGGCGGGGGCCGCCAUCGAGCGCAAAGACAAGCUGGAGGCCACAGCGGUCCACUGGGCCUGUAGAGGAGGAAGUUUGCCAGCCCUGGAGUUCCUCCUCAACCAGGGGGCCAGUUUCACCUCCAAAGACAAGCUGCGCAGCACUCCGCUCCACGUGGCAGUCAGGACAGGCCACUACGAAUGUGCCGAGCACCUCAUCCACUGUGGCGCGGAUGUCAACGCCAAAGACAGAGAUGGGGACACACCCAUGCACGAUGCUGUGAGAAUAAACAGAUUCAAGAUGAUCAAGCUGUUGAUGCUAUAUGGGGCCAGUCUCACCACCAAGAACUGCGAUGGGAAGACCCCAAUGGAGACGCUCUAUUCCUGGCAGAGUGGAGCCAAAAGCAUCCUGUGUAACUUCAGUGAGGAGAAGUCCGUCCAGUAGAAAACAACAGAGUCCAGUGGACGCACGAUUCAGUGAAUAUUCAGUAGAAAUUCUUGUUGUUUUGGGGAGAAAACAUUCAUAGCCAAAUAUAUUGGCACCACCCUUACGGUUGUGUGAAGUGCCGGGUUAAAAAAACAAACAAAAAAAAAAAACAC